UUGUUCAUUCAUUCAACGUCGAGCUUACGGCUCAGCCUCACUCAUUUAAGACCACACUCUCUCAAUUUCCGUGACCGUACUGUUAUAUAUAAACUAUCCGUCUUAAAGACGAUUCCCUCAGUCUGCCACCUCAGACAGCAACCAGAAAAAAAAUGGCCGCUCUCAAAUUAUUCAAUCUCCUUGCCCUAACUUCAGUCGUUCUUCUUGCACUCGUGUCUGGUCCUACGUCUGCCAAUGCCUUGACUACAGAUCGUUCCCAUGUCGCUCGUUACGCUCGUGAUCACGAAGCCGUAGCAGCAGCAAAGAGGAAGCGUGACACUGCAGGCUCUGCUUCUGGUCAAUGCAAGCCUAAGCCAACAACUGCCCCUGCGUCAAGUAGUGGUGACAGCGCUCCCGCUUCGUCUUGGUCUUCGUCAUAUUCAGUCAGUGCUUACACGCCUGCACCCUCGAGCACGGGUUCUACCUACGUCACUCCAACUCCUACCCCUACUCCCACUCCUACUCCCGCCUCCACUCCUGCCUCCACUCCCACUCCCACUACUUCCACGACCACUUCAGGUGGUAAGAAGUGGGGUUUGGGCUGGGCUAACGGUGAUGCCAGCUACCUAUCCACUUUCGCCGCCCGUCCCAAUGUUGGCUUCCUCUACACUUGGAGCCCUUACUUGCCCACUGACCUCUAUGGCCUCGAAGGGAUUCCCAUGCUGUGGGGUUACGAUCAGAUUUCCGACUUUCAAAGCUUGGUUGUCCCCGGUUACGCCAAAUAUGUCCUUGGCAUGAACGAGCCCAACGAACCCAGUCAGUCCAAUAUGAGCCCCGCGGAUGGUGCUGCGCUCUGGCAGCAAUAUAUCAAUCCGUUGCAAAACUCGGGUUACUACCUCGUCUCCCCUGCUUGCACCAAUGAUCAGGCUGGUCUUGACUGGAUGGCUAGCUUCUUCCAAGCCUGCUCUGGUUGCCACGUUGAUGCUAUCGCCUUCCACUUCUACGGGACUAAUGCUCAAGAUUUCAUCAGCUAUGCCACCCAGCUGCACACCACGUACAACUUGCCCAUCUGGGUUACCGAGUUUGCUGAUCAGAGUUUCAGUGGCGGUGCACAGGCCAGCCAGGAUGAAGUGUAUGCUUUUGCUAGCACUGUCGCUAACUUUGUCGACAGCACUUCGUGGUUCGAAGUUGCCUUCCCCUUCGGUGUUAUGAGCGACCUUCAAGGAGUCAACACCGCCAACUCUCUCCUCUCCAGCGAUGACACGCCCACUUCUCUUGCUUACGACUACUUUGGCUAAGGAAUUUUAGUUCUGGUCAUGAAUUAUACAUAGCCCGCGGGAUUCAGGCUUUGUGGCCCUAUCGGCUUCAUCAUAUUGAUACCAUGCCACUGUUGGAUUGGAUUCACUUAUCAUUUAUCUCACUGUUACCCUUUAUAUCUGGUCACGUAGUGUACUGGUUUCUCAUGUCGCUUGGUCGACUAGAAAAGUUGUGCUUUUGUUGAACAAUGCAGACUUUAUUCUUGAA